AUGAGUAGAUUCGUUAUUCCUCCAGCCGAAAACAUGCCGUUACAUUGGGAAACACUGUCAUCUUAUGAUGUCUCUGAUUAUUUAAAGCUUAGGGAUUCUUUCCAAGAGAGAAUUAAAAAUAAGAAAAAAGGAGAGAGCCUGGAGUCAUUCUCAGCUAAUUUGAAAAAGAUAGAAGAAUAUAUUAAUAGAGGUGAAGGAGACAGACCAAAGAGGGCUAUGGUUUGCGGAAUUGUUUUUGGCCAAAACAAAAUUGCAAUUAAUAUUCAACAGCUUAAGAUAUUGUUAGGAAAAUGCAAAUCUUCAAUUAAUGGCUCCCUCCAGCAAUUAGGUUAUACUUUACUCCCUCAAAAAGUUUCUAUUGAUCAAGAUUUACUCGAUAAGAUGCCAUUUUACUUAAAUACAAAAGGAGAGUCCAAGAAAUGGACUAUCAGAGUAAAAAAAUCGAAUUCAAAUAACGCAAACUUAUCUUCAGAAAUUUCUCGUAAUAUUGUGCAUGAAGAUCAAACUGAAGGUAACGCUACAGAAAAUACAUCAGACUCAGUUCCACAUCCAAUUAAAUAUAGGUCAAAAAAUUCAGAAAUAAUUCCACUUGAUUUUUAA